AGUUUCGCCGGAGACAACGCAGAGGUCGGACGGUUUUUUCUAUUUGCUGAAGAAUUUCAUACUAUAUGGUACGUCUCGUACUUUGAAUGUGAGCGUAGCAUUAGUGAGUUAUUAGGUGGGAUCAGAGAUUAUAUACUUGGUGAAUUAAAUCGGACGAGAUUGCGGAAGGAUUGCUCGGGGAGUGUGAAAGACUGAAACUGGGGGUUAAGGUUAAAGGUAAAUAACCCCAUAAAAAGAAGUGUUUUUUUUUGGUUGAUUUUGUGUUCGUUGUGGCCAAAAGUUGGCAGAUGAAAAAUUAUGGUGUGCACAUAAAUUGAACUUGGAUCAGCCGGUCAGUGGGUUUCUUGAGGAGUGUUUUGACACAGGAAAAAUAACUUCUCAGUCUAUAUCGUCACACUGUAAUGGAGUUGAAAGAAUAUUAAGUAUGUGAUUACAUUUUAAACAUUAUGGGAGUUAAUAAUUCAAAAUUAAAUUCCUUAGUAGUAAUAUGCUUCUGAAUACAACAUGAAAUCGUGAUAACAAGGAUGACGGGAUAUCUGGGGAAUGAGUCCUUAUCCUUACAUCCGGAUGAGUACUGGUUCGAAGCUGGUUGGCCGUGUGAUCCGGCCAAUGAGACGCAACCCUUUUAUUGUGCACUAAGUGAUGAAUACUGUUUAAAUCGCUAUGAGAAUAUUACAUAUUUAAAUAUCUCUUGCGAAAUUGUGCUGGAUUAUGGUAUUCCACUGUAUGGCUACUGCACACCAUUUCUUCUCUUCAUCACAAUGACUGCAAAUCUCCUCAUAGUCAUUGUGCUUAGUCGAAGAAAUAUGGCCACACCAACGAAUUCGGUUCUAAUGGCCAUGGCACUAUGUGAUAUGUUUACGCUUCUUUUUCCCGCACCGGGACUCAUUUACAUGUUCACCCUAGGCAAUCACUAUAAGCCACUGUCACCAGCUAUUGCGUGCUAUGCUUGGAAUGCACUCAACGAGGUGAUUCCUGCCAUGUUUCACACCGCUUCAAUAUGGCUCACGCUAGCUUUAGCUGUGCAGAGGUAUAUCUACGUGUGUCAUGCGCCCGUAGCUCGUACCUGGUGUACCAUGCCUCGUGUAAAGAAGGUGAUCUUCUACACUUUUGUGGCUGCUAUAUUACACCAAAGUACCAGAUUUCUCGAUAGGGAAUUUCAUUUACUUAAUAUCCUGUGGGAUAAUCAAACAACAAGCGUAUGCCACAUGGAAACAUCAGCUUGGGUACGUGACUACAUCGGUGAGGAUGUCUACUUCACGUCCUACUACCUCUUCCGUAUUCUCUUCGUUCACCUUCUCCCCUGUGCUGCACUCGUAGCUCUCAAUGUACUCCUCUAUAAGGCCAUGAAGUUAGCCCAGGAAAAGCGUGAGAAACUUUUCCGGGAGAAUCGCAAAAAGGAAUGCAAAAAACUCAGGGAUGCCAAUUGUACCACACUAAUGCUCAUCGUUGUCGUAUCUGUAUUUCUCGUUGUGGAAAUCCCACUUGCCGUCAUUACAGCCCUUCACAUCAUAUCGUCGGCUAUUAUUGAAUUUCUAGACUAUCGCGUGGCAAAUCUCUUCAUCUUGUUCGCCAACUUUUCGCUCAUUGUCAGCUAUCCCAUCAACUUUGCUAUCUAUUGCGGCAUGUCGCGACAAUUUCGAGAAACAUUCAAGGAGAUCUUCAUCAAGAGACCAAUUGGAGCAGCUAAGAAGGAUAACUCAUCCAAAUAUUCUAUUGUUAAUGGACCUAGGACAUGUACAAAUGAAACGGUUCUUUAAUGGCGCGCCUUAGAUGAACACAACGCCAAUGGUCGAUGAACCUCAUCACCAUAGCAUGGGGCGUUUGUCCAAAAAGGAAAUGAGGCCUCGCAGCCACGCCGGCGACAUUUGCCUGUGAGCCAUUGAUGCGAUAAUGAAAAUCUGGAAAUUAGCACCCCACAGAGGCAAUCAGCAACGACAUUUGGCAGAGAAAAAAAAUUAUUUCUUUAUGUAUUUAUAGACUAAAAUCCGUGAGAGAUAUUCUGUGAAUAAAUUGUGCAGUGAAGUAUCAUACAUAUUAAAUCUAUAUCGAUUUAGGACACUAAAAUAUACAUACAUAUAGUAGGUAAUUUAUUAAGAAAAAAAAAGUAUAUAUAGCUUGUAUGAAAAUGUUUGUAAAUAAAGAAAAAUUAUUGCUGUUAGACUUGAAUAAUAUACCGCAAUGUAAAAAACUACAUCAAGUCACCAAAAUUGGAUAGAUUAAUUUGAAAAAAAGAGCCCCUAAAUCUUCCAAUUCAGGUGCCUCCGAGGUAGAAAGAAAAAAAUAACGAAAUACUUUUGUGUAAUUUGUUACCAUAACAUAAUUUUUUAUUUUGUAUCCCAAAAUGUGAUGUAAAAUGAAUUAUUUUUCUAUCUAUUGUUGUGGUAAUUAGCACUUUAUAAUAUGUAAAAAAAAAGAAGAAUCAUAAGUAAAAAAAUGUAAUAAUUUUUAUUUUAUUAUUUAAAUAAAAUAAACAAUGAUUUUUCAAUUAAAAAAAA